AUGGCUGAUCCAUUAUUAGAAGAUCUUAUAUUAUAUGAAAUGCCUGAUGUUGGAUCAUUACGUUUAAAAUCAUAUGAACAACGUAAUUUACCAGAUGAUAAACGAGAUUAUAAUUUAGAAGAAAAAGCUGCAGAUGAUUUGGCAGCAUAUGAAUUUUCAUUUUUCGUAAAUAAUGUAUUGGCAUCAUUAGUUGUUGAUUGUUCAGAUGAAAAAAUGUCAAUACGUGCAUUGAAACAAAUUCAUCGUUUAACAACAAUUGAUUUAUAUCGUCAAUCAUUAGGUGAUGCUUUAUCUGAUGCAAUUAAUAAUUAUAUUUAUUCUCAUUCAAAAAAUCGUUUAAUUGUUGAAAAACUUAUUUCAAAUAAUGGUAUUGAAAUUUUUUUUUAUGAUUAUAUUGAAUCAUCAUGUCAAAUGUCAGCAUCACGUAUGAUUAAAAAUAUAACAGCUGAUCAAUGGAAACAACAAUCAUUAACAACAAUUCAAUUUGUUAUUAAACAAAUUAGUCAAAAAAUUGAAAAUGAAGGUAUUGAAUUAAUUGAAGAUAGACAAGUAUCAAAUUUUGAAAUUGAAUUAAAACGAAUCUUAGGUCUUGAUUCAGUUGAUGAUAAUGAAAAAGAAGACUUUAAUAUAAUUAUAAAUGUUUUAACAAAAAUUUUGAUGGUGUUUGGUAAAAAACCAUUUAUAGAUCGAUCUUCAUAUGAUCCAUUGUUUUUAUAUGUUAAUCAAAUGUGGUUUGAAAAAUUUAAUUAUGAUCAAUAUCGAUAUAAUAUUCCAUAUUUACUUAAUAAUUGGACUUCAAUUAUUACACAAUGGUUAAAACUUGAUCAUUCAAAUCGUCAACAAUAUAUUCAAAAAAUCAAUACUCAUCUAUUAGAUAAUCAUCAUUAA